GUUAUUUUUGAAUGCUGGAAACCAUGAACAAACUCAGAGGAACUUCUAAGCUUCUUAUCAUCUAUGUGCUCAUCAUCUCUCCCCUCAUUCUAACCGCAAAACAAGGGCCGAAUGCUGCAGAAAGAGCCAUUAGGAUGGAAACUACUGUCAGCCCUUGGGACAAAGUUAGAUCCUUCGUCAAACUAGCUUGGAUGAAUUUCAGGCCUACAGAAUCAGAGAGAAGCGUGAAACCUCAUCACCACAGUACUGCAAGUGCAAGGGAUGUCAUGAAAGAGGCUGCUGCCAAGAGUUUCGAAACAACAAGAGAAACUGCCGAACACACCGCUAAAGUCGCCGGAGAAGCACUGCAGAAGACUACCGAUAAAUUGAAGAGAACGGUAUCUGGCUCUGGUGGACGAAUAGACAAGGACCUGUGAUCGGUUGUUUUUUCUAAUGCCAAGCUGCUUGUAUCCGUAUCGUAUUUCUUCUUUUUGGAGAUUUGUUUUUUCCUUUUUUUAAAGCACUACUUGUAUAUUUCUUGAAGAUGGGAUAUUGAGGUUCUUUAGAGGGUGGUCGGGUCUUCGUUUCGUCUUCCCGAAUCCCAACAACAUGAUUCAGAUUAA